AACACGAUUCGAGUCCUAAACGCUAUGGCAGCCGUCGUCGUCGUGUUCAAUGCGACACCGCUGGAUGACUCUCUGUACGUCUGAUCAAACACUUACCCCAACCGCAUGUUGUCUGCUCCGUAACCGCUGCUCUUCCGCUCAUUUCUGCGUACGCGACGAACAAAAGAUGCUGUUUAAAUGAAGCCAUGAGUAGUAUCAAAACAGUGCUGUGACCUAUGUUAUGGUCACCAUAAAAUGAAGACUUUAAACGAUAUUCUAAUACUGUGCAUAUUUUUUUUGAACAUCUCCGGGUAUUUGAUGAACCAAGACGCUAAAAGGUUGUAUGACGAUCUCUUAUCAAAUUACAACAAACUUGUGAGACCUGUAAUCAAUAACAGUGAACCAUUAGCCGUAAAAAUCAAAAUCAAAUUAUCUCAAUUAAUUGACAUUAACUUGAAACAUCAAAUAAUGACUACAAAUCUAUGGGUGGAACAAAACUGGUAUGAUUACAAGCUAGCUUGGAAUCCUAAAGAGUAUGGUGGAGUUGAAGGUUUACACGUUCCUUCAGAAAAUUUGUGGAGACCAGACAUUGUUCUCUAUAACAACGCGGACGGAAAUUUCGAAGUAACUUUAGCAACCAAAGCUAUUCUCCACUACACAGGCAAAGUAGUUUGGAAGCCACCAGCCAUUUAUAAGUCUUCAUGUGAAAUAGACGUUGAAUAUUUUCCUUUCGAUGAGCAAACGUGUGUAUUAAAGUUCGGAUCAUGGACGUAUGAUGGUUUCCAGGUUGAUUUAAGACAUGUUGAUGAGGUCAAUGAAUCAAGAGUUGUUGAUGUUGGAGUAGAUUUAUCCGAAUUCUGUACUUCAGUAGAGUGGGAUAUCUUGGAAGUACCAGCAAUAAGAAAUGAAAAAUAUUACACCUGUUGUGAUGAGCCGUAUUUAGAUAUUACUUUCAAUAUAACUAUGCGUAGAAAAACAUUAUUUUAUACAGUUAAUUUGAUUAUACCUUGUUUAGGAAUAUCAUUCCUCACCAUAUUUGUAUUUUAUCUUCCAUCUGACAGCAAUGAAAAAGUAACCCUAAGUAUUUCUGUCCUUUUAUCAUUGACCGUAUUUUUUCUUCUAUUAGCUGAAAUUAUACCUCCUACGUCAUUAGUCGUUCCAUUAUUGGGAAAAUUUGUUUUGUUUACGAUGAUACUCGAUACUCUCAGCAUAUGUGUAACAGUUGUUGUUUUGAAUAUUCAUUUUCGCUCACCCACUACUCACGUUAUGUCACCUUGGGUCCGAAGAGUAUUUAUUCACAUUUUGCCUAGAAUGUUAAUCAUGAGAAGACCGCAUUACCAAAUAGAAAGAGAAAGUUUAAUGGGUGAUAGUCACCGAAUUAUGAUGAAAAAUUGUCAAAAAAUAAAUUCACCUGAUUCGAUGAACAGCACUGAUGUAUUUUCUGUCAGAGAUUUAGAAAGUGGAAUAAUUAGAUGUUGUGAGAUUCAUGGUCCCAUAGUUGAUCUACCUAGUCCAACUGAAUCACAACUAAAUAUUCAACAAUCUAAAGGCAAGAAAAAAUGGCAAGAAUUUCCUGGGCUCCAUAAAGCAGUUGGAAGUGCAAGCUUUAUCGCUGAUUAUAUAAGAAGAGAUGAAGAAGAAAAAAAGAUUAAAGAAGAUUGGAAGUAUGUUGCAAUGGUAUUGGAUAGAUUGUUUUUGUGGAUAUUUACAUUGGCUGUAACUGUAGGAUCAGCUGGAAUAAUUUUACAGGCACCAUCUUUAUACGACAGCCGACUUCCGAUUAAUGUAGCAUCAUUGUCUCCAUCAAUGAAUCAAAAUUACAAUAACAUCAUGUAAUAUGUAGAAAUGAUGAUGUUAACUGUAUCAAAACUAAAUUCUUUAAUAAUAUUAAAUAAUGUUAAUUUAUUAUAGUAAAUUAUUUAGUAUAUUAUACUAAUUAUGUUUUAAAUGGUAAUAAAAAGCCUUACAAAUUUAUAUUGAUCAAAAAAAAAAAUGAAUUUUAAAGGAGCUUUAUUUUAAAAAUAUU